AUGGGGGUGGGGAACAGAAAGGCCGGCUUCCCCUGUUGGAGGGGUUGGGAGGCCUUGGAGGAUGAAGGCAAGGAUGUGACACGGAGUGAAACGUGGGUGGGGGUGCUUGUGGAGCUUUGUCUGGUGGAGGCUGUCUCCCGGGGGGACAGGCCUCCCUGCAGGAUCCCAGAUCAUCCUCAGGCCAAGGGGGUGGUGAGGAAAGUCAUGGGAAGCAUGAAACCUAGCUCCUCAGGACACAGGUUCCUAUGGAAACACUUCCUGUACGUGGUUUUACGUUUUCCUAUUAGUCAGAAAGGAGGAGAGACCAAGAACUUGAAAUGCAUCGCACUUUGGGGGACCAAGUCUAGGAAUUGUGAGCCAGUUUGA